AUGACUAGUCCUGGCACAAAGGGGUCGUUCCUCUCGCAGCCGAUGGUGAAGAGUGUGCUGGUGUAUCGCAAUGGGGAUCCUUUCUUCCCGGGGCGCCGCAUUGUCAUCAAUGAGAAGAAAGUGUCCAACUUUGAGGUCUUCCUGAAAGAAGUGACAGGUGGGGUGAAGGCACACUUUGGAGCCGUGCGUAACAUCUAUACCCCCCGGGCUGGGCAUCGUGUCCGGCAGCUGGAGGAGCUUCAGAGUGGAGAGCAGUAUGUGGCUGGUGGCAGGGAAGCCUUCAAGAAACUGAACUAUUUGGACAUAGGAGAAACAAAGAAAAAACCUGCUGAAGUCAACAAUGAGGUCAAGCCAGUUACUCAUAGUAGAAUUACUGCAUCAGCGCGGUUUCGAAAGCCACUCCAGGAGCCCUACACUAUUUUCCUGAUUGCUAAUGGAGAUCUAAUUAGCCCUGUAGUGCGACUCCUUAUUCCCAGGAAAACACUGAAUCACUGGGACCACAUUCUCGAAAUGGUUACAGCAAAAGUUACCCUCAGAAGUGGAGCUGUUCACAGACUUUACAGUUUAGAUGGAAAACUUGUUCAGGAUGGGUCAGAUUUGGAGAAUGGGCAAUUUUAUGUUGCAGUGGGUAGAGAAAAGUUUAAGAAGUUGCCAUACGGUGAUCUGCUGUUUAGCAAAUCUACAAUAAGAAGGCCACAGGGUUCCAAAGCAUCUGUACUACCUCCAAUUGUGGGAUCUCGAAAAUCUAAAGGCAGUGGAAAUGAUCGGCAGUCUAAAUCUACCGUUGGAUCCAGUGAUCCUGGAGAGAACAAUUGCUCACCUCAGCCUCCAAAAGGGAAGGACAAGAAAUGCCAUAAUCCAGAGGAUUCUGUGUCUAGAGGACACUUUUCUAACAAGUCUACAAAAGUAAAACAAACAAUAAGAGUAGCAGCCUCCACAGGAGUCCUUCAAGAUAAUGGUGACAGGAUUUACAAAGUUAGAGAAGAGCAGUCUGAAAUGUGGGGGGCAGCUGAAGUGCAGGAAGAUGAAGACACUCACGUAGAAGUUCCUCUGGACCAGAGGCCAGCAGAAACUGUAGAUGAAGAGGAAAAUGCAGAAGAGGAAGAUGGCAGGGAAGAGGAGGAGGCAUAUAAACUAAAGGAAGAAUAUCCAGAAAUGAAUGGAGAGGAAAGCAGGGAAAUUGUUAAAAAAAGAAAUAAAGUGGAAGAAAAUAAGAAGAAAUUAAAUGGGAAUUAUAAACACGACACAGAAGAAACAGAGAAUGUUGACCAAGCAGAGGAAGAGGAACUCACCCAUUUAAAUUCCAAGACAAAUGAGGAAAAUGGUGAGGGAAUUGAGCAGUUGAACAGCCAAGGUAAUUUUCAGUCUAAAGAGGACAUAAAAGAAAAGGAGUAUUUUGACAGUCAGAACCAGGUUGAUUCCCAUAUUGAAAAAACAUCCACAAAUCCGAGGGUGACAAUCACCAGUCCACAGGAAAAUGGAAAAAAGGACCAGAGCAAUGACUAUGCUGCAGUUGCAUAGAUAUAAAAAAUGUAAUGAGUGGAAAAUGAAUACAAUACUUGUAUCACAAACAUUUUUUGUGAUUGGUAACUUAAAAUGGGAAGAUAGGUUGAGUACCCAUGUAUUGCAUCUUGAGAUGAUAAUGCCAUAUGGAAUGAUAGAGAAAAUAAAUGUUAGUAGAUAUUAAAAGAGCAUUGAAUUAUUUUUACAAGAUAUGACUUUCUGAUGCAAUUUGACAGGGAAAAUGUAAGACUGUUCUAUAUUAAUAUUAGAAAUAACUAUUCUGUGAUAUAAAAUGGUUAGCAGUAGCAGAGUCAAACAUAUAUAUAUUUUUGUUCCAGAAAAAGGAUAAAUAAACAAGUUAAAUGUCAGAACAUCUUUGCAGACUUGUUUAAAAAAGAAAAAUAAUUUGUGACUUUUAAUGAGGACAUAUGUAGUUUUUCCUUUAAAAUUCCACAUGAUAUACAUGAUUCCCAGGCAUAACAGUAAGAUAUAAAUAUAAUACUUUCCUCAGUUAAAGGACACAAAACAUGGUGUACUAUAAUGAGAAGCCAGUCCUAAUAUUACCGAAUAGUGGAUUUUCAGUAUAUUAAUUUGAUCAUUAGGUUUUGCAUUCUUAAACAGCAUUUAUUUGGCAUUGUGAAGAUGUGUUGACAGCCCACAGUACUGCAGUUUCUUCCCACUUGCAACAACAAGUUUUGUUGAUCGUCCUGCACCGAUUUACUAAACCGUGAGUUGUAGUGAAAAAAGAAUAAGGGAGGGGUAUGUAGCAGAUUAGUUCAUUUGUAUUUCAGUCCUUGUGAAAUGUAAUUUAUUAAUGAAAAAAAUGAAGAGGCCCAGAUUCAGACUGAAAUUGGUGUGAAAUCGUUGCUAUUAAUGGAACUAUUUUAACAUUAGGAUAACCCACCAGUUUUCUGUAAAACUCAGAAGCUGUUGUUGUAUUUAUGAAUCCUUUACAUGCCCUUAAUGCAUGAAAGUAUAUUACCAUAUUUUUGAGUAAGAUGGUUCCUGAUAGGCUGUGGCUUAAUUUGCAUCAGUAAAUAAGGCAUUGAUCCACAGUAUUAGUUCUCUUAAUGACACCAAUCCCAUUACUCUUAUUGUUUCUCUGUUAGCGAUGAUUUGUAGUUCAUGAAAUACAGCCCUGAGCAUAAUUUCAUUAAUUAUACAAAAGAAAUAGUGAGUUUCCUUAUCAUUAAUGCUGGUAAAUUAUUACUAUGAGAAAUUAAAUGUCACUUUUGUUGAUUUCAUGCCAUUAAGACAAAAAUUACAUUCAUGAACAAAUUGAACUUGAAGCACUGUUUGAAGAAUGUGUAGAAUGUCACUUGUCAUGACUGAAACUCAUAUAGAUAUCUGCACUUUUCUACUAACUAGAAAUGGAGUAGUUUUUCCAAUGGAGUAGAAAUAUGCAGAGUAUUGACAAUGGAAGUGAAAAAAAAAAGAAAAAAAAGUAACCUUAAAAACCAUAGGAACAGGGUUAGAGUGGUUUGCCCUAUGGUAACUCUGAAAUGUCUGAUUUGCAUGUCCUUUGUUGAACUGUCUGUCAGAGAUCUAGGGGAAAAUUACAUCCAUGGUUCAAAA